AUGUCGGACAAACAGAAAACAGCGUUGAUCGCCGCCUCCGUAGUCACGGGCGUGACUGCCGGUUCCUACUUACUGCGUCUCGCCAUGCGCCCCGUCCUGCGCGCACGUGCCGCCACAUUUUUCAAGGGCGUGCUAUCGGACGCCGACAUUGUUAUCGAUCGAGACAUCCGCAUCUAUGACGAGGAUAUUUUUCUUGACUGGAUGCACCAUGGUAUGCUGGCCAUUGGCGAGUCCUACAUGGCUAAAAAGUGGGACGCCAUCAUACCUCUCGAUGAGCUGCUCGCGCGUCUGCUGUCGCUACCCGCUGAAAAGCGGCGCCAGAUCUUUAAGGCGUGGAACGCCAAGUUUAUCGCUCUGGGUGGUAAGAUCUUCAACUAUCAGUCGCCCUCGCGCGCUGGUAUUGUUGGAGUGCGCCACUACGACCUGGGCAACGACUUCUUCAAGCUCUGGCUUGACCCGUACAUGCAGUACUCGUGCGCCUACUGGAAGGGCGUUGAGGGCAAAAAUGAUCUCGAUGCGGCGCAGCGGAACAAGCUGCAUUUGAUCGCCAAGAAGCUCAAGCUCGAGCCGGGCAUGCGUGUACUCGAUAUUGGCUGCGGCUGGGGUGGCCUUGCCUGCUUCCUUGCCAAGGAGUAUGGCGUGCACGUCACUGGCAUCACUAUCUCGAACGAGCAGCUUAAAGGCGCCCGUGAGUGGGCCGAGCGUGAGGGUAUGAAAGAUCUCACGAGUUUUAAGUACUGUGACUACCGUCAGAUGCACGGCCAAUUCGACCGUAUCGUAUCCGUUGCCAUGGUUGAGGCUGUGGGCUACAAGAACUUGGACGAGUACUUUAGCGUCAUCCAGCGCUGUUUGAAGGAGGGCGGUCUCGCCCUUGUGCACGGUAGUGCCGCUAACCGCUCCAUUGAGGUGCCAAUUCAGCUCUGGAUCCUCAAGUACAUUUUUCCCAAUGGCUUCAUUCCAUCCGUUGCGCAGUUGAUGCUAUUCUCGGAGCGCAAGCUCAUUGUGGAGGACGUCCACAACCUUGGCCCGGACUACGUCAAGACGCUCACGUGCUGGCAUAAGCGCUUCCAGGAACACGUCAAGAGAGGCAAUGUCGACCGCUCGGAGGUAUUCUGCCGCAUGUGGGACUUCUACCUGCUGUACUGUGCUGCCGGCUUCCGUGCUCGUACCCUCCAACUCGUGCAGGUUAUCUACUCUAAGAAGCGUAUGGACCGCUACGAUGCCGUGCGAUAA